UAAGAAAAAAAUCAGAGAACAAACCGGCAUGAAAGCCUUGGGUACAGCGUAAACUGCUCGUCUUCCCUUAUCGUUUGCCUUCUACUUCCUCACCACUCCCAGUUUUAUUGUCCUUCUCAUAGUAAUUAUGGCGAGUUCUACGUAUGGUUGCCCCAAGUGUGAUGAAGUAUUUACAUCACCUGUACAGCGGUGGUUUCAUCGCGAAGUUCACCGAAACGUGGUGUUCGCAAAGAUCCUGGGCCAGGUGACACUUGAGUUCCCUAAAGUCGACGAUAAACGAGCGCAUUGCCGAUGUGGAAAGUUGCAUACAGCGACCAAUCUCAGGUAUCACCACGCAAAAGCAUGCCCGGAAUGCAUCGCCGAAGCCAGAGCGAUUCUUGCAAAGCAGACGGGCAAUGUAGAGUUGGAGGACCUGGUGAUCGAUGAGUCUCGUGAUUUCGAGUUGCAAACCCCGGUGGCGAUCCAAUACGACGAAGAAGCGGCUUUGCAAACUGGCCCAGCAUUGGACAACGUCGGAUUUGUUAUCCAUCGCCCCACUGGGCUGCUUAUUUGCCGCAUGUGUCGGGCAGCAACAGUCAAUAGAAGGCUUCGAGAUCACAUCACGAUGUGCGCACAGCAGACUACAUCUGAACGCAAACAAGGAGCCACUGUUGAGAGCAUCCAGGCAGCAUGCAGCUACCUAAAGACAGUUGGGUGCCUGAUAGGCGACAAGAUCACUGCUCAGAAAUGGCUUGGGUCACUAAGGGGCAAGGUAUUUGCGCGGAUUCCAAUUCUGCCAGCGUUUCCAGCAUACAAGUGCUCUGUCUGCGGGUUUAUUGGCAAGACCGAGUCUGCAUACAGCAGCCAUUUCGCAAAGUUCCAUAAGGGACCCGCACGUUCUCGAGCUUUUAUCAAGGUCCUUGCGCAGCAGCCGUUCACAGCGUCACAUUUUUGCACGAUACUCGAGAUCAGCGACGCAUCGGCAAUGGCUGAAAACAUAGACAAUCGGUACAGAUAUUGCGAUUGUCUACUCAAGGAGCUCCUCAUGCGUGCAGUUGACAGGGUACGUAUGGAUUAUGUACCAGCUGCCAGAGACGACGCUGGGGUCUUGUUGGCUGGUCUCAAGGACUCGCAUAUGUCUGAUUCUAGUAGAACAUACCGGUGGAUGCUAGGUAUGACAGAGGAGCAAGUCAACGCAGCAUCCGCAUUAAAGCAGUCCCUUGAGCAUGGCACAGGCUCAGGUAUGGCCGAUAUUCAACAUUGGAAUGAGAUGUGGUCGCUAUUCAAGGAUCUUAAUGCUGCGUUGUGGAUGUACGCGCUACCAGAGUACAGUGAGUCGUGGGCAGACCACUUUGUGUACAGGGUCCUGGGUUUAUUUUUGUGGAAGGAAGGCAAUCUCCUAGAGCAGCCGUUCAUUGCCGAUAGUGUACAGGCGACAAUACUCUGGACGCAUAUUGCACUUCAUUUAGUGCACCAGUCUGUAGUUGGCGACCUUGACUACCCGGAUUCGCAAGGGCUCCUUAACCUGUUCCACUAUUAUCUACAGCCCGGACGACAGACGCCGUAUGGGGUUAUAUCUGGUGUUGCUUGUGUCCUGGUGUGGGCGGCUAGAUGGGAUGACACAUGUAAGGGUAUGUGGUGGGUGCAAGACAGCGGGUACUCUGAGAUGUGCUACCUGUCACAACACAUUCGCCUUGCAGAUAUUUCCCGCGUCUACCGUUGCAUCCUUGAUUGCCUCGAGUUGAAACAAAACCGGAUCCUGAGCGGCAUUGAUUCAGACCAAGCAUUCGGGUUUGACACCAACGAUGCAGUGGGUUCGGACAGCAGUGGUAGCAGCACUCUGGCAUCUAUUCUUGGAUGUAGCGAAGCCGAAAUUGAGAGACAGUCGCAGCUUCUCUUUUCAUACAAGAUCGAGCAGCAGGCAUUUACUCAGCGUGGAAUCGACACGCCCUAUGCGUGGGACUACACACAGAUGAUGGCAUGGCAGUCUGAGGUUGGCGAGCUUGUAGACUACCUGAUAGUUGCUUUGUGUAUGGUAAGCGGCGCUGCUACAAGUACGACUGGUCUUGCCAGUAUCCAGGUGCAGGACAUAUCUACUUAUCCGCCCGGUGAGUUAUCCGGCGACAACACACUGGUGAUUCUAAUGGGGCUAGAGAAAAAGGUACCGAUGGCUCUGCCGCACCGGAUAGCCAAUGUGCUGUUGCAUUACCUGAUGUUUAUUCGGCCGUGCGAGCAGGCGGUUGCCGGGGCAUUGGUUAGCAGCGAGGAGUCGAAAAGUUGGGUCACGCAGAGGCACCAGCAAUAUUUGCUGAUUAAGCGAGGCAUGCAAGUUGGCGAAGGCGAUAUUUCCGGCAUUUUUGCGCGUGUGUGGAGUAACGAGAGCCGAUUGAGACUCCCAUUAGAUGACUGCUGGCGUGUAGCUUGGUCGUUUGCUGUAGCGCUGCUGCACAAAGAGCUGUCGCUGGAGCGGGUCGCCCAAAUCUGUGGCUCGCUGAGCGGCAAAUUCCAAAAUCCGGCACCUGAGAGGGCUGGAUUUUAUGAAGAGCUCUGUGUAUCCAAGCUCUGGAACACACUUCUGGAGUCAUAUUCGGAUCAAAGAUGAAUCUAUGAACUUGACAUGCAACAUCUGGGUAUUGUGAUAAAGGGCCAUAACAACACGAUGUGUAAAAAUAAAAACUUUUUCAGAACGUUGCGUUUCCUAGAUCCAC